CCAGACGAUGACGUCCAUUAACUAAAACGAAAGUGUGUAAACAUUUCAUUAUUAUAAUACAUGUUGACAUGGAUGAAAAUCAUCCACUGGGAAGCAAUGUUGAUCUUUAUCAGUCGCUACGUCAAUUACCAGAUGACCACAAUGGUGUAACGGACACUCAGAAUUCAGAUACACAUAGAGUUUCUUCAGAAUCGAAAAAAGUUUCAUUUAAAGAAGAGCAACAACCAAGACAGGUAAUAAAUGGUUACCAGAACCCUCAAAAUGCUUCAUCUCAGUCUCCACAUAGAACAAGUUCUUCCCUUAACAACAUACAGUCAUCUUCUCAUGGGACUCCAAAUAAAGACCAACAAAUUUUAAGUUCAAAUAUAGCAGCUCAUAAUAAUGUUAACACCAGAAUGCCCGAUGACCCUGUUAAUGUUAGUUCCAGUAGGAACAGAAGUCAUAGUCCUAAUGAUCACAAUUUGGACCAACACCUACGUACACAACCAGGAAGUACAGGUCAAUAUAAUUCACCAAACAAGAAGUCAAAUGAUACAGAAACUGACGCAAAACCCAUGACACCUUAUCCGACACAGUUGGAAUCUCCACAAUUUGGAGCAGAAGGUGGUACAUAUGAACCAUUCAAGAAAACAGAAGAAAUGCUAUGCUUUGAAAACAAUAUAUUGAGACCUAAAGAUCAUUACGACCAACCUUUAACUCCAAAACAUUUGAUGGAUAUGGUAAUUGUCUAUGCAAAGUCGGACUAUCAGAAAGCCAACAACUAUAUGAAAUAUCUUAAAACGAUGGCUGACAACAAUGGUAUGGAAGAUAUAAAAAUUGUGUUAUACACGAGCGAAGAUUUUCCAAAUAAUGAUGUAAAAGUUGUAGAAGAAGUAGUGAACAGAUCAAUGCGCGUUCUGAUGUUGUUGUCAGCAAACUUUGCCAACGAAGUUAAUUUAAAUUUUAUCAAAGAAGAAACCAUAGGAAUGACAAGACUUCAAGAACUUCCACCACAGGAGCAAAUAUCUCUGUUUGCAACAACAAUAAUGAACAGGAAAAAGAAUUGUAUUAGACCUGUUCACACUGUUCCUAGGAAAGAACGGUACUAUAGGACACCUGUAGGAUUAUCAGUUCUACGGGCAUUUGAAUUUUUUUCCGAUAACAGAAAUCAGUCGUAUGAAGAUGCUAUGGCUUUGGAAUUUUUGAAAAAGGCCAGAGAGGAUCGACUUUACCAUAUGAACGAACUAAAACGGCAUCAAGCACUAGAUAAUCCAUAUAUUUUACAAAUAUCAGAAAAAGAUAAGGCAGGUCAGUUUUUAAGAACUACCCAGGGAGAGUUGGACAUGUCUGAUAAAGCUAAUAAGGACGAAAGCUUAAGAAAUAAUACAUUCAGAUCCAUAGACCCGAAACAACACCAUUCUAUUAGAAAAGUUCCAGUGAUGACAUCUAAUGGGGGAGGGAAAUCAGCAAGACUAAUUCCUCUAGAAAAUUCUUCUGUUGUUUGUGCGUCGAAACAGAAAGUUGAACCAAUUAAUGGAAGUAAUACAAAACUAAUCGAUGAGCCAUCUUGUAUUACUUCAGGUUACGUGUCGAAUAUGUCUUGUGAAAACGUUGUAAUGGGUAAAGAGGACUCGCUUCCGACACAAAAUUCUCAAAACAAUGUGCCUUCAAGUAAAAUAGUCCCAGACAACAAUACGAUUAAACGUGAUCCUCCUAAACUUGCACUCCAUAUACCAAAUAAGUCGGAAAGUUUUGAUCCUGCUAAGAUAUCUUCAGUCGAGAAAGAUGGCAUGUCUUCUCUUGAACACGGAGAUGAGGAAGAAGAUAAAUCAGCAGAUUCGAUCCUUCCAAAAACAUCUGAUGGUGUAGAAAGUCCGCCGUCUUUGAUGGAUGAUAGUUUGGUAUCAGAUGAAAUUAAAGUAAAGCAGGAUAAGUUCCCACCUAAAUCACACCUUGAAUAUAAUCAACAAGAUGUAAUUCUUCAAGCAAAAAUGAAGCUCAUGGAUUUGGAAGGACCGGGAGAUGUUAUAGAAAGUAAAAUAUCAUAUAGUGGUCCUUCUGGACGAUCGGGAAUACGUACUGGGGCUAGUCCUGGGUAUGAGGAGUACUUAGUGGGAACUCCUAGCGGAAGAAGACCGGGGAGCAGUCAUUCCAUGGACAAUAGUGACAGACUCAGCACACGAAAUCAAACUACCAACAUAGCACCAAAUUUUACCGGUUAUCCUCCACCCCAGAGCAUCCACUACCAUUACCAUUAUCCUGAAGGGGUGGAUGUGGAAGCAGACCAGGGACCUGGUACUCUCCCUCACCAACCAGAAAGUCGAAGACGACCUUCAUCUGUUAGAAGAAGAUUAUCAUCACCUAAUAGGGUUAACUCUGGUCCAAUAUUCAACAUUCAAGGAUGUGCCACAGUGCAGAUUGGUGAUGCAAACAUAGUCACGGGUGACCAGAACGUAGAAGCAACAAACAACAAUCGGAUGAAUGAUAACAAUUCAAGAAAUGAUGGAAAUGAACAAAGAGGUGAUUGGUCGCCUGAAUCACCAGAUAGUCAAAGAGGUGAUGGAUCACCUGAACCUGCAAGCAUUAUUAGGGAAGAACCAAGGGUUUAUGGAGGUCAGCCAGAAGGUUCCCUUAAUAUGUUGAGUCCAAGCAAUGAUCAUGUGAAGAAAGUCGAUUAUGAAUCUUUGGAUAACAAUAGUGAUGAAGAUAACAGCAACAUUCAACCAGAAAGCAAAGGUUUAGAUUCAGCAGAAAUGUUUGGUAAUGGUGCAGAUUUAAUCCAAAAUUUGUCUUCCAGUUUUACAGAUCAAAAUAAGACAGAGAAGGCCAUUUUAAAGGAUGAAAUAUUUCAGAAAAAGCACACUUCAGAAAAAAUCUCAACAAAUGAAGAAGAAGCAUGGGCAUCAGAUAAGGACAUCAAUUCGAUGGAAAAUUCAACAUCUUGCUUAAACGUUACUUCACUCAAAAGCUCAAACCAAGACAGUUUGUCGUCAUUAGAACUAGAAUCACUUUCAAAUCAUCUGAGAAAAGGAGCUACGAAAAAAGAUUUUUUAGCUCUCAAAUUGCAUUUCAAUCAGAAUGUAAGAUGUGAAAAUACCUGUUCGGGUGCUUUACAUGAUGAUGAUGUAGACUGAUAUUGCCCUCUAUAUGGAAAAUAGAAUUAUCCGUAUCAAUUGGUAUAAUUCCAAUUUAAAAAAAUUGUGAUUAAGAUAGCACCUCUGUGAUUUGGAAAGGACAAGAUCAUAAUGUAAUGGUGUGUACAGAUCUUACUGUUUAUUCAAAUUGCUAUAAUGUCUUUCAGUGUAUUAAUUUUAUUACUAUUAAUGAUUUAGUGCUUAUUAAAAUGUUUCGAUGAAUACCAGAUUAUACAUAUAUAUAGAUACCAUGCAUUUUUUGUAUUAUGAAUUAUAUUUAGUGAAAGUUUAUUGAAAUCAUGAUAUCUAUUUAUCAUGUUGGUAAAAUACCCAGAAAAACUGAUUGAUUUCGAUGAAUCUUUAAGAGAUAGAAUAUGGGAUUAAGGAUUCAUUAUUGUUUGCUAUAAACAAGCUCAAAGUUUUGUCUUCUUUCUGUAAGUUUAUAGGCAUUAUAAGAGUAUUAGUCUUUAGUUUGAAUAGACUUACAUGUACUUUCUCUUUUGUUCUUUUGACUGAGAGUAGGUAUGCAUUUGUGAGAUCUAUUAAAUGUUUCUUUUUAAUUUUUGAUAAAAAUGAAUGUUAAGAGUACUUUUGUCUUCUUUAAGAAGAGAUACUUCAAUAAUUUUUGAUGAUUAGUCCUGCUUGUAAAAAGACACAUGAAUGGAUAUAUUAAAAUGUACAUAUAUAUACAAAAUUAUGUAAGGGAACUGUAAUAGUAUGUAUCUUCUAGUCUUCUAUUAUUAGUUGAGAACUCAUGACAUUCAUGACAUUGUUACAGGCUCACUAAAACAGUACAAGCAUUGUAGAUGUGCCAACUGUCUUGCAGGAAUAAUUUUAGAAAUACCUACAAGAAACAUUUCUAGAUUACACUAAUGUAAAGGAUACAAUGAAUUAUGUUGAAUUGAAUUGUAUUUUAUUUUUUGUUAUUAAAGAUAUGAAAUAUUA